UUCACCGUGACAGUGCGGAUAAAAUUUUGCUCGUUUAGACCAGGUUUGCCGUGAAGAACACCGCCUAUGUGGGGCGUACCCGUGUCGUAUUCUACGUUACUUCAUUGAAGGCGGGAGGACAGAAGACUGAAGUUUUGAUACAGGCGCAUCUUGUUUUGUUUGGAUCAAUAUAACCACCUUUCUGUGAUAAAAUACUGGAGUGAUGUGUUUGUAAACCAAACUUCACGGUAAUUGGAAGCGUAACAGCUUGCGGUUUGUUGCAUUGCACUGAUUUUUCUUUAAGAAAGUCCUACAGAGUGCCGGAUGGCCGCUAGAAUGCCCAAGGCGAAUGUUGCUUGUACAGGUGAGAGCAGUCUCCCUUUACCCGCGCUGAAGCUGUUGGCGCCUCCCGUGCGGCUCGUGUCCGCGGCUCUGUGGAAAGUGAUGAAGGAGAGGGACGUGAUGCAAUAUGGGAUUGUGGAGGAAUUUGUGACCUCCGCCUGCGACACUGUUCCUGGACUGCUCACUUUGAAACAUCAAGCUAAACUGACUUUAGGAUUAAGAGCACGGCUAAUUUUGGAGUUAUGCAAACAGCCUGACCCGGAAACCAUUGCUGAGCAUAUGAAAAGGAUUCAAGUUCCUGUCUUACAUUCAUCCUCUGCUGUAAAUAAGGAAAGGGAUAUUAGAAUUCAAGAUGCAGUGAGAGAUUUUCAUUCAUUAGUUCCAGUGUUGCUGACAGAUAAGGUGAUGAGGACAAGUUUUUUUAAGGAAAGAUUUCCAGUGGAUUUUGGACCAAGAUAUGACCAAGAAUUGGAGAAACUGCUCUGGGAGUUUUUAAUCCGUUUAGACCAGCUACUCCCAGUUCCCAAUCUUGCCCAGACUGUGUCUUGGCUCAGUGAGGCGCCCCCUGUCUUGGAAGAGUGCGCACAGGCAUCCACACAACCACAGCUUCUCAAAGUUCUUCUUCAGCAUCAGAGUUGUUUGGGUCACCUGGAGACUGCAGCAUCCCUUCCUCCAAAUAUGGGAGACUCCAUCCUUGCAUCUCUUUCUCUUCCACCCUCUGGAAAACUGCCUUCAAAUGAACCAGAAAGAUUUGGAUUAUCAGACCAUUCUUCUUCCAUGUCUUUGAGCUCUCACAAAACUCCAUUUAUCAAACCAGUGUUCGGACUAGUUUCUAAUAAGAAUGUGCCCUUAAUGAUCUCGGCUUCUCAGCAUUUACAGAGCAGUAAGACCACUAACACCAGUGAGGAAGGCAGUGAAAAUUUUCUCUCAGAAUCAAACAUCAAGUACAUAGGAGUCAAAGAAAAACAAAUUGGAGAGAGUGGUGAUCAGGUAGAAAAUAGAGGAAUUACUGGGCUGAAAAGAAAGCAUGAUGACGAUGGAGACAGUGCAUCAGACCAAGACGAUGUACACAGAAAAGCCAGGUGUGUUAAAAGAAAGACAGACACAAUUUUAGAUCAAAUCAGUGAUAAGUGCAAAUCAAUAGAAAUGUCAGUGGACAGUAGGGCAGUAUUGAUAGCCUGCUUGCGUGAUACUGGUUUGAAAAUGCCUCAUAUUCCAGAUGACAACUCCCUCUGUGCCAUUUGGGUUUCCUGCCUAAAACGUCAACCCAAAGUGAAGGUUGAAAGGCUACAGCUUUGUUGUGCUUCUCAUCAAGACCAAAAUCUCACAAAGCAAAGAUGCGUUUCACCAGUUACCAUCAAACACAACAGUGUGAGCACCCGCACUCAAAGGAACAAGGCCAGUACCUCCGGGUCAGACGAUAAAGAGUAAGAUGCUUUGAUGUUUUUCUCUGCACAUUAUUUAUUUUAAUCUGUAUUACUAGGUUUCAGGUGACAGCACAACAUUCUACAGGAGAAAUUCAUUUCUGUCAACUCGACAAAAGUUAAUUUAAUCAAAUACGUUUCACAGCUCAUCCAAGCUGCUUUUUCAGUUCUGGUCAGAUGCUGGUGGACACUGCCUUUUAUCUGCCUGCAGAGAGGCGCUAAUUAUACUAAGACUAACACACCUACUUUUUUACAGUUUCUGUUUAGGUCUAUUGAACUGCACUGCCCACAAUAGACUUGGCUAACAAACAUACUGUAAACAAGUAGGUGUGUUAGUUUCAGAGUAGUUUCAGUGUUGUUGGCUCCUCCC